AUUCUCCUACACCUAAACGCCCUCUCUCACAAAGUCGUCUCUCUCUCUCUCUCUCUCUCUACGUUCACUAUAUCCAUAAAUUAUACACGCAUCAAAGAGUCGGCAUCACGUUCCCCUCUCAACUUCGAUUUGAGUUCAGAUUUAGAAUCCUCUGACUUUUAUUUGCUUAACAGAACAUUUGAAUGGAGCUCGAUGCACCGCCGUCCGAGGCUCAACAGAUUGAGUCGCCGCCUCACAAAUCGACCGACAAUGAAGAGAAAGCCACUCAUGUUAGGCUCCUUUUAUCAAAUGCGGAAGCUGGAGCUAUAAUUGGAAAAGGUGGCUCAACAAUAAAUGAGAUUAAGUCGCAGUCUGGAAUCCGUAUCCAGUUGUCACGCAACAAUGAGUGUUUUCCUGGCACAUCUGAUAGGAUUAUCAUGCUCUCUGGAGGAGUAGAUGGCAUAUUGAUGGCAACUGAGCUUAUUCUAUCUAGAUUGAUGGAUGAGUUUUAUCCUGAGGAUGGAGCUGAAAUGGAUCCAGAAUAUAAAAUAAGAAUGGUGGUACCCAAUAGCUCAUGUGGUGGAAUAAUUGGGAAGGCUGGCGCCAACAUAAGAUCAUUGAUUGAAGAAACUGGAGCUGACAUUAGGAUAUCUCCCCAAGAUAUGUAUUACCCUGGCUUGCAGGACCGGAUUGUAACUGUAGCAGGUGCUUUAGCCCAGCAAAUGCGGGCGAUUGCGCUAAUCGUAUGGAAAUUGAUGGAAGACCCAUAUUAUCAGCAGUCCGCAAAUACUCCAUUUCCUUAUGCAGCUCUUAUGUACAAUGCGAUGAACUAUGGACAAAAUGGACCGGGAAUGAUGUAUCAGAACAAUAGACAGCCUAACAAGGACGAUAGAAGUACUUCGAUGACUAUUGGGGUCGCAGAUGAACGUAUCGGACUAGUUGUGGGACGUGGAGGAAGGAACCUGAUGGAGAUUACCCAGCUUACUGGAGCCCGGAUAAAAAUCUCUGACAGAGGUGAUUUCAUGCCCGGGACAUCAGAUAGGAAAGUCACCAUCACCGGGUCUGAAAACGCAAUUCAUGCAGCUGAGUCCAUGAUAUCUGCAAAAGUUGUUUCUGCUGCUGAGAGAUAAUCAUGUAAUGGUCCUGAACUCUACCUACCUUUAAGUUCCUAGAUUCUGAGUGAACCUUUCCAGUUUAUCAUUCGGUGACUUCUUAAAUUCGUUCAUGCCAUCAGCUAUAAUGAGACUGCGAAUUUAGGAUUCUAUGUUUAUUCGAAGCAAUUGUGUUGCACUAUAUAAUAAGUUGGAGAAUGUCUGUUGUAGGCUAUAGAUCAAGAAAGAGGAAAUUGUGGCAAAAUUUAUUUGUUUUCCCCCUGUUUCUUUAGUGCUGUAAAACUCCAUUACUCUCAUGUUGUAUAUUUGAUGAUUAAGGUUAGCCAUA